AUGGGCCYCUACUAUUCCCAAGGCAGUAAUAACACGCACAACGCCAUGUACCAAACGCUAGCCGUCAGCUCUAAAAGUCCGGGCGGCCUCGUUAGCAAGCAGAGCUGUCUGCCAUGUCGGCGCAAGAAGAAGAAAUGUGACGGCGUGGUACCUGUUUGUGGACUUUGUCAGAACAGCUACAAGCGAGACGACUGUAUCUGGCUAGACUCUGAGAAGUUUCAACUCCACAGGAGGACGGCUACGACUUCCUCGAACGAGAAUGUGAUUGAAUGCCGGCAGGUAUUAUUAGGCCAUGAAUUACCAGACGAACUCGUCAAUGCUCUACCCCGAGAAGAGAUAUCCCAAGCAGCAAAUACAUUUCAGCUCAAAGCGCUCUGUAACAACCCUUCCUACGAACGCUCCUCAGUCUUACUUCUGGCACUUUCCCUGGCAAUACAACAUGAACCUCUAAUGCACGCCUGGAUCUCCUGUAUCCUCCUCGCGACCUCGGAUGACAACCCACAGCACCGACAACUAUCAGUCAUCCACUACAAUCAAGCAGUCAGCGGACUCGGAUCUGUAAUUCUAGAGGACAGUCCCACAGCUGAAUGGAAAAGAGCCACCGCACUCCUCUGCCAUGCUAUUGAACUCCUACAGCCCGUCCCCUCAUCACAUCUCGCUCGCUCACAUCUCAAAGGCGCGCAAUGUAUGUUCAAAUGGUCGGGACCAGAACCGGAUAUCCCGGAGUCAGAACACGGUACCUUACUCUUGGAGGCAUAUAUUCUCCGAACGACUUUGAACUGCCUCUCCCAGCAAAACAUGUACAGACACUUAUCCCUCGACUAUGUAUCGAAACUCCUAGGAGCGCAUCGAUCAGCCAUGGAACGACUCUCCUUGGACGUCACACCACAACAUUGUCCAUGGCUAGGAGCUCUAGGACCUGACCUGACGGAAUUAAUCUACAGAGUCUCCUGGAUGAUSGCAAAUCGCUCCUCCUCCUCUACAAACAACAAUCACCAUCACCAUCACCAUCAGGAUAAUAGUAGUAGUAGUAGUAGGAUAUUAGCCGAAGCCUGGGAUCGUUGCACUCAAGGUCUAUUAUCCGCAUCCGCAUCCGCAGCAGCCGGAACCAACAACUCCCACAACAACGACACAGACCAUCAUCAUCGUCUUCUUCCAAUAUACACCCACCAUGCCCGAACAAUCCACUUUCUCGCCUGCCAAGCCCUCCUUGCAACUCUGAUUCCUCCCGGGGAGGACGACGGCCAAUGUGCAUCAUCAUCAUCAUCAUCAUCAUCAUCACACAACACGAUCCUCAGGCAAUCAUCUCACAGGGGCCUUGAAAGACUUGAAUUUAUUACAAGACCUGCUUGUAAUGAUGACACUCUUUUAUGGCCUUUGGUGAUUUUCGGGGCGCUUUUACGGGGGGAUGAUGAUGAUGAUAGUGAUGAAUGGCAUCGAAAUUUGUGUGAGACUUUGAUGGGUCGAUAUUCUGGGAUUGUGCCUGCUUCUACUUUGAUGAGUAUUUUGAGUUUUUGGAAGAAUGUGAGGGGGAUUGGGGAGAGGAAGGAGAGGUUUGAGGAUUGUUUGCUUUUGAGGCAGAUUCUUUUUUGA